UUUAGAAGAGAAAAACUUUCCCUCUUUCUUAGUUGGUUUGCUUUAAUAACAAUUUGCCGCUUCACUUUUCUCCAAUCCAACAAAGAAAUCCCCCUUCGCUUCAGUUCUUCUGCAUUUUCAAAUCCACCGCCUCACCCGCGGAGACGAACAAAUGGCCGGCGGAGGAUCCUCGAAGUCCAGGAAGAGAGUGGAGGCUACUCCCGCUGACGUCGCUGCUACUGGUCCUUCGCUUGUGAGGGCCAAAGACGGCAGUGCUUUUGCUAGAUGUGAUGAGUGCGGCAAAAGUGUUCCGGUGGCCCUAAUCAGCAUGCACAGUUGCAGCCUCGACGCCAAAAUUAGAAUGAAUUUAGAGGCUCAAACUGUUGAAAAGCAAACACAAUCCAAAAAGCCAGCUGAAAAGAAAAAAUCAGCAUCAUCUGAACCUAAGGCUAAGAAAUCCCGAACUGAUAAGAAAGGGAAGAAAGACAAAGAUCCAAAUGCCCCCAAACGCCCUCCUACAGCUUUCUUUAUCUUCAUGGAUGACUUCAGAAAGUCAUUCAAGGAAGCCAAUCCUGAUUCCAAGGGCGUUAAGGAGGUUGCAAAGGAGGGUGGUGAGAAAUGGAAGUCAAUGACUGAUGAAGAGAAGAAGCCGUACCAAGAUAAAGCUGCUGAGCUAAAAGCAGAAUAUGAAAAGGCAUUGGAAGGUCGAAAUGCUGAGAAUGAAGAUGAUGAAAAAGAGACGGAAGAGAUUGAAGAGAAGCAGGUUGAAGAAAUAACAGAAGAAGAGUAAGACGAAUCCGUUGUUAGGGGUUUUUUGUAUUAGCAAAUAGCUAGAAAACAGCUUCUUUCACGGCCUGUUUACUGUUGUAAAUUCAGAAUUUAAUUUAGUGAAGAAAAAAAACUGCUUUUUGGAUUCAAA